UUGAACAGAAGAGAAGUUUGGGUGAACACAGCCCGCUGCCUCUCCGCCCUCCUCCCGACACAGUGGCGGGCUGCCCUCGCACCGUUUCUGUUGGACUCUUAGGCUCGACCAUGGAGGUAGUCCCGGGGUUUCUGUGUGUGCUGUCCGUGUUUGUCGCUCUAGUCUCGGAGAGGUUUGUGGCGCUGGCCGCCUUCUCCCAGUCCAUGGACAGCGACUUCACAUUCACUCUCCCCGCCGGUCGGAAGGAGUGUUUCUACCAGACCAUGAAGAAAGACGCUUCACUGGAGAUUGAAUAUCAGGUGUUAGACGGUGCAGGACUCGACGUGGAUUUCUUCAUCUCCUCUCCCUCUGGCCAAAUGCUGUUCAGUGACUACCACAAAUCAGAUGGGGUGCACACCGUUGAAACGGAGGAUGGAGACUACAUGUUCUGCUUCGACAACACGUUCAGCUCCGUCUCUGAGAAGAUCAUCUUCUUUGAGUUGAUCCUGGACAACAUGAACGUCGAUGAAGAGCCAGACGACUGGAAGGAGUAUGUUCACGGGACAGACAUGCUGGACAUGAAGCUGGAAGACAUUAUGGACACCAUCAACAGUGUGAAGGCUCGGCUGGGUAAGAGUGUGCAGAUCCAGACGGUGCUGCGGGCGUUCGAGGCUCGCGACAGAAACCUCCAGGAGAGCAACUUCGACAGGGUGAACUUCUGGUCGGUGGUAAACCUCGUCGUCAUGAUGUUGGUGUCGGCCGUGCAGGUCUACCUGGUCCGCUCGCUGUUCGAAGAUAAAAGGAAAAUUCGCACAUAACACUGCUCCACGAGGAGGGACAGAGAGAAACUAACCCACACAGACCUUCUCCAUCUCCAGGCUUGUGACUCUUAACACAAGAUGUUGUCUACACACAUACACAUGCAUGCACACAUAUGCUGACAUACUGACGUUCUUGACAACACAACUGUUGCUCUGCUCUUCAGUCCACUGGAGUUGGAGGGACAGCAGGAACUUAAGCCUGUCAGCACCUCUCCUCUGUAACCUCAGUCUGUUUCCUACAGGAAAGUCUCUGUCUCUCUGUCAAACACAUGUUCAUGUUCUUCAGUCCCUCCUUGCUGCUGUUAGUCUUCAGAGAAAGUGACAUCACUGGCACGACUAUUUUUCUAACGGAGCCUAAAAUCAUGAGGCCAGUGGCCAACUGCAAAAAUGUCCUUUUUUCUUUGGACAUGUUUUUAUUUGAGUGUGAAAUGAAGAAAGGGUGUCUGAGGGUUUUUUAUUUGUGUCAAACAGGAGUGGGAAGUGCAACCAGUCUGACAGCAUGUCUUCCCAUUCAUUAGCUACUGUUACGGAUGAACCUCACUGUGAUGCCUUAGUGGUUUGUACUGAGCUGCCGCUCUGUGAGGCCUUUGACUUCCUCUCCCCAUCGUCAUGAACACAGUCACUCGCUCUCUCCCUCUGACGCCAGGACAGAAGUCAGGUUUGAGGUAGGGCCGUGCAGCUAAUGCUGCUCUCUGGCACCGAGGGAGCGUGAAGUAAGAGACAGAAACGGGCCACCUCCAAAUCUCGACCCCACCCCAGGACGUCUGCUCUCCUCUGGCCGCCCUCCGCUGUGACGCCUCACAGCUGCUGGCGGGUGUCUGCUUACAGCCACCUACUGCGUGAAGAUGUUGAGCCCGCCUGUCUCUCUGGUGACAGAGGUCUAUUUCUAUCUUACUGACACCCGCAAGGUCAUCACCGCUUCGACAUGAGUGCUGCUCAGUUUAACGUGCACGAGCCGUUCGCUGCCUCAGCGUUCUUUUAAAACCCUGGUGUCUGUAUUUGAUCUGAUAUUCACAUUUCUUAUGUUACAAGCUAACAUCUGUUCACUGCCACUGAAGCCACUGAACAACAGACUUUUGCUUUUUUUUUCAUAUUCUUAGAACAUAAUUUAACAUUUUGGGCCCUGAAGUGUUUUUCGGAUUAUCUGGCCCCCCCAGUACGGUGGCCCUGAGAGCUCAACACACUGCAACUUAAAAAAAAACAUGCUGCAAAUUCAGCCCCACAACUCAACAGGAAGUGUUUCCAGGGGACACUAAACAGUGAUGAACCUGGCUGUUACUUGCUGUUCAAAGUCCAAUUGUGACUUUUGAAGUUAAAAGCUCUGGAUAACGAG